UGGUUACACACAUACAUUAUUCUACGGCUUCAUAGACACAGCAACAUAUACGCGUGGAAUGUAGCUAGCUUAUUUCUACAAUUACAUGUGGGCCACAACAUAUUCGUUAUUUGUUUAUGGACCAUUUAUUUGACCUUAAAACAUGACAUCUACUAGUUAUGCAGACUGCCGAGCAUCAAGCAAAAGUAGUCGAACGAUGAUCACCGGAUUACAGGCGUCUAAAUUAAUCACUGAUUCAACAUUCGCACUCACAGGAAGGAAGGCAACGAACAGGAUUUCAGAGCUUUUAUAUAGACUUUAAAAUACAUGUAAAAAAAAUCAGUUUUAGAAACUGACCCAUUCCAUCAACUAAUUAAGCUAUUUUCGAUAAAACCAUAGGUACAUGUUGCAAACCUGUGGUAGCAGGCAGCUGUCCUGACUCCUUGACGAGUGUGGAACGAUGGAGAGUGUUAGCUAGCUAUUUCUGCAGUUUUUCUUAGCUAGCGAACGAAAAAAAAAAGCAUAACAUCAUAAGCAAGUUGCAACAGUCUAACUAACAGUGGAUGGUACCAGAUAAGCCAAUUGAACCAAACAAGGCUGGCUGUGGUGUUGCCGUGAGGAGACCGCUUUCCGCUGCGCCAGCUGCAUGAGACAUGCAGGCCUCUGAGCAUCUCUAACAGGCAGCACUCUGUGGAACCAUGGACUCUUCAUGUUCUGAGUCCCAGUCCCAGGGUGACGGUGAGAAAGCCCUGCUCCAUGUAGAGAUCAGAGAGCACCCCACCACAUCAGCUGUCUUAAUUCCCAGUGAUGACUCCAUCAUAUUGACCCCAGGGAGGAUGAGCCAGCGAAGCCAGGGGAAGGAACGAGAAAAGAGGGAGGAGAAGGAGAGGGAGAAGGAGAAGGAGAGGGAGAGGGAGAAGGAGAAGGAGAAGGAUGGGAGCCUCCACACGCCCAGCAGAGAUCACCUUGCCAGCCCCUCUUCCCUCAGCCCCGGGCUCAGCUACACCCAUGGUUUCGACCGGGGGAAAGAAGAUUCCCUGCCUCCGAAAGAGGACUCCUCUCACUCCAUAUCCAAGAGCAAGUCCGAGUCCAAGCUCUACAAUGGCUCCGACAAGGAUGUCUCGGCAUCCGGGAACAAGCUCACCAAGAAGGAGUCGCUCAAGGUACAGAAGAAGAACUACCGUGAGGAGAAGAAGAGAGCCACCAAGGAGCUCCUCAGCACCAUCACAGACCCCUCUGUUAUUGUCAUGGCUGACUGGCUCAAGAUCCGGGGUACUCUGAAGAGCUGGACCAAGCUGUGGUGUGUGCUGAAGCCGGGGGUUCUGCUCAUCUACAAGACCCAUAAGAACGGCCAGUGGGUGGGCACGGUGCUGCUCAACGCCUGCGAGCUCAUCGAGAGACCCUCAAAGAAGGAUGGCUUCUGUUUCAAACUAUUCCACCCGCUGGAGCAGUCCAUCUGGGCAGUCAAGGGUCCUAAAGGGGAGGCGGUGGGUUCCAUCACACAGCCAUUACCCGGCAGCCACCUCAUCUUCCGCGCCACCUCUGAGUCAGACGGCCGUUGUUGGAUGGAUGCUCUGGAGCUGGCUCUGAAGUGCUCCGGCCUCCUGAAGCGCACCAUGAUCCGCGAGGGCAAGGAGGAGCUGGCCACCACGGCCGGGGAGAGCUCCCAAAUUAACUUCUACAGCCUGCUGCGAGCCCACAACAUGCAGGGCUUCCAGUUCAACGACAGUGACCAGUUCAAGGACCCCGACCUGUACUCAGACAAGUCGGACCGGGAGGGGGAGCAGGACCAUGAGGAGUCAGACGUGGAGGGGCUGGAAAAGAGCGAGGAGAGCGACAGUGACACGUCGGAACGCCAGGACGACUCCUACAUUGACCUUGACCCCAACGAGGCCCUGCGGGAGACACCGUACCUGGAACAGUCCCACGAGGAGCUGGGAGAGGCUGGUGAGGCGUCCCAGACAGAGACGGUGUCGGAGGAGAAUAAGUCUCUGAUCUGGACGCUGCUGAAGCAGGUCAGGCCUGGGAUGGACCUGUCUAAAGUGGUCCUGCCCACCUUCAUCCUGGAGCCACGCUCCUUCCUGGACAAGCUGUCCGACUACUACUACCAUGCUGACUUCCUCUCUGAGGCAGCUGUGGAGGAGAAUGCCUACAACAGGAUGAAGAAAGUGGUGAAGUGGUAUAUCUCUGGAUUCUACAAAAAGCCACAGGGACUGAAGAAGCCGUAUAACCCCAUCAUUGGUGAGACCUACCGCUGCAUGUGGCUCCAUAGCAAGACCAACAGCAAGACCUUCUACAUUUCUGAACAGGUGUCCCAUCAUCCUCCAGUGUCGGCGUUCUACGUCAGUAACAGGAAGGACGGCUUCUGUCUCAGCGGAAGCAUCCUGGCCAAGUCUAAGUUCUACGGAAACUCCCUGUCGGCCAUAUUGGACGGAGAGGCUCGGCUCACCUUCCUCAACAGAGGAGAAGACUACGUCAUGAACAUGCCCUACGCCCACUGCAAAGGCAUUCUGUAUGGCACCAUGACUCUGGAGCUGGCUGGCCAGAUCACCAUCGCCUGUGAGAAGACGGGCUACAGUGCCCAGCUCGAGUUCAAACUCAAGCCGUUCUUGGGUAACAAUGACAGCGUCAACCAGAUCUCUGGAAAGAUCAAGCUGGGGAAGGAGGUGCUGGCUACACUAGAGGGACACUGGGACAGUGAAAUCUUCAUCAACGAUAAGAAGACCGGGGUGGUGGAUGCGUUUUGGAACCCCACGCCAGAGCUACGUCAGAGCAGGCUAACACGCUGCACCGUGCCUCCUGAGGACCAGGGAGACUAUGAGUCUGAGAGGUUAUGGCAGCAUGUAACGAGGGCCAUCAACAACAAGGACCAGACAGAGGCCACCAAUGAGAAGUUUAUCCUGGAGGAGGCUCAGAGGAAGUCGGCCCGCGAGCGCAAGGCCAAGUGUGAGGACUGGGCGCCCGGGCUCUUUGAACAGGACCCCGUCACCGGAGAGUGGCAUUACAGAUAUGCCGACACCCGGCCGUGGGAUCCGCUGAAUGAUAUGAUUCAGUUUGAGAAAGACGGCUGGAUCCAGACUAAAGUGCGGCACCGCACCCCUAUGGUACGUUCUGCCAGUGUAAUUAGUCUCAGUAACCAGGGCCCCAGGAGGGAUGGCAAUUGCAAGUGCCAGGUGUACAAGCGUGUGUGUGCGGUGCGUGAGUGUUUUUGUGUGACGGGGCCCAAAAGAAAGCAGAAGCACAGUGACAAGCCCAAGAAACCUGAGAGUGGCUGCUCCUCCCCAGAACCUGACCGCCAGGACUCCUCAGGCAGCGAGCGACACAAAAGCAAGCACAGUAGCCGGUUAAGGAAAAAGGGCCCUGACCUUAGUGAACUUCAAAGUGCCAUUGAUUCUAUAAAGAAGACACAGGAGAACAUUUACAAGAGCAUUGGCGUGCUGCGCAACCGAGCGGCAGGCCAGACGGCGGCAGAGGGCGGCUUCCUGCAGCAGCGCGACUACGCCAUCAUCAUCCUCCUCAUCCUUCUUCAGGUCUUCAUCAACUUCCUGUUCAAGUAGCAGGUGACAGACUGACAGAGAGAGAGAGCGAGCGAGAUGGAGAGAGAGAGAGCGAGAGAGAGACACAGGACUGAUGGGGUUUGGCCAGGCUAAGGAGGAGAAACAGACUGGAAGUGAAUGAACUACAAGAGCCUCCAAUAGCUCUGCCCCAACCCUCUCUCUCUUUCUCUGUCGCUAUACUGAGUUGACCCUGCUCCACUGUCCUCAGACGGGCCACCAUUGUCACACACACACGUCUCAAAAGCAAGCAUUCCUGAAAAAGAGGCUCCACAAAAAAACGGACACAUGUUUUUAAUUUCAAUUUAUUUUUACCUGAUUUAAAGAUCCACGUAUUUUAAAAGGGGGGCGACACCGGCCAGGACUGAAGGGAAGGUGAGGCCAGCGUUCGGUCUUUGCCGGCGUCAGGAUGUUCACAACUGGGCCUUGGAGUAGGCAUUGACAUGUGGUGGCCAUUGUUUUUAAUUUAGCUAAUGGACACCGCUCCUUGCAUUUCACCUUGUCCCCGUUUCACCCGGCUCCCCAACUACAGGGAACAUUUUACACUGAGACUUCCGUCCAAUUAAAAAAAAGACUUCAUUUGUUUUGUUUGUCCUUUGUAAGUAGAACCUCUACUUAAAAUAAAAAAGUCAGAUAAAGGGGAAGAACAUUUUUAUUUGGUCCAAUAUAUGUGAUGUUCUGUUGAAGCUUUGAUACGGCUUGAGUUUCCCAACUUGAAGGUGAAUCGGCAAGAAAAGGAAAAAGAAAAUAAUUGCAACUUUUUUAAAAAGCUAUAAGAAUAACUUCCUGAAUCACGUUUUAUUCAUCAUUGGAAUCAAUCGAUUUGAAUCGUUCCACUCACAUUUGUAUACAAGGUCAAUUGUAUAAACUAGAUACUUGACAUGAAUUGUUGCUGUGUGGUUAACAUGUACAGUACGAUGAAUGUUCAGUUGACACACUUACCCUAUGGCGUCUUAACAUUACUAUGACACCUAGUAGACAGUAGGGUCCCUAGUGGGGAGGCUGUUAAUAUACUUUAGUAGUUGCCACUGUCAGCCACUCAGAAAUCAACUAGAUGUAAUGAAAAUCUGCCAAAUGCAGUAUGUUAGGUGUAGAAUAAGCCGUCAGUCAACUUCCAGUGUACAUAGCUAAUAGACUGACUCACUCACAGCAGUUUUGUGUUCUUUCCAAAAGAGACGUUCUUUCACACAGACAGACCCUCUGGCGUUAUUAUCAAAACCCCAUUACCUCUGUGUCUUCGUGGGCCGCCCGCUCUGUGUGUCUGUCAUCAUCGCCUCGUCACUGUCGUUCACUUCAUCCAAACCAGAUGUUUAGAAUGUGGUCACAAGAAAACAACACCAGUGCCUUCUAGAGUG